UUUAAUUGAAAAUUAUAAAAUUCAAUCACGUUGAAUUGAAAUUCGUGGAAAAAGCUAUCUGGAAUUGAAUUGAAUCACGACAAACAGAACACGUGGAAUUGAAACUCGUGGAACUAAAAUUCAUUGAAUUGGAUUGUCCGAUUUGAAUCGCGUGAAAUUAAAUCAUGUUAAAUCGAAGUAUAUCAAAUUGAAUCAUGGAAUUGAAUCACAUCAAAGUGAGUCAUAUCGAUUUGAUUCAACUAUCGCGGGUGUUUGCGUUAGAGCAUGCGGUUCAGGGAACAAUCACGGAGCGGCGAAGAAUGCUCGUUCAUGUUUGAAUUUCACAGAAGUGGGGGAAGCACGGAUAUUCGCUCGCUUAGUCUAAACGCACCCUAAACGUACUCGCGAACGGCCACUAGCGCGCGCGCGUACACACAUGCUUUGUAUUUGUGUACACGUGAACACGCCCGCGUGUGUCUCCGUCUUUCUGUAUCAUCGUGUAUACAAGCGUUUCUUUAUACGUACCCGUGUGUGUAUACGCGCCAACCAUUGUGGACCACGCAGUAAAUUGUGUUAUUCGACGCGAUAAACAGGUGCACGAGCCUUGUAACCCAGAAAAACAGUUCCCCAGGAUUUCAUCGUUCUCUCGAUAAAGACAUUCAUAAAUGCAAAAUACGUAAAUGGUUGCAAAUAUUGUUGACCUCAGGUUGCGAGCAAUCCCCUCUGUGAUCAGAGCCACGAAUCGUGGCGGUUGAAAUUAGACGAAACCGCGUGACAGGUGGAACCCGAACCCAUCGAGAACCGCCAUCGCAGAAACCUGGACAGGUAUGCGAUCCCUAUUCUUCGUGAAACGGUCAGAAAGGAUUUCCGGUUGUUCGUCGGAGGAUUAAGCGGUUCCGAACUUCAUAACCUCGGAAAACGUGGUCAGUCGAUAGUGCACGUUUCCCUCGAACUGCAUCAGGAAGGAGCGAUCCAUACGACGCCCUUAGUACACAUUGAGUGCACAUGCACCGUGGUGGCGUGUUAUUGCUUAUUUACCCCCGACACGUGCUUCCACCGUUAGCGUGUCUCGAGUACAACGAUAUCGACGACAACCUCUCCGCGAUAAAAGCAGGACAAGCAGACACGUUGCGCAAAAACACAACAAUUUCGGCAGUUUUUAAAUAUAUUUGGUGGAUUCGUAUCAUGUGCGUGAAAGUGGUCAUACAUGAUUGGACUGUUUCGGAUAUUCGUUUUGUGUUUCUACGAUAAAAAUUUGUCGCAUCGGAAGUGUUUCGGACAACGUGGGUGGGAACACACGUUCACCCACAAUGAACCAACGGAAUAGCGUGUUUUGAUAGAAGAUGCGCGUGGCAAAUUGAUUGUUCUGUACCAUGUAAAUGGUACAGGAUAACGUAUCAUUAGAGGACCCGCAAGAUUCUUCGCGACGACGGCGUUUUCGAUCGUCACCGCGACGAUGUCUUCGGGCAGGGGUUUAGUCUCCCCCUCGGGAGGUCCCGUUGUUCUUUGCGGGUACGUGAAAAAACUGAAAACUCAAAAGAAGAAAUUCUUCGUGCUACGAGGCGAAGCGCCAGGCUACCCCCCGUGUCUCGAAUAUUACGAUAGUAAAAAGAAGUUCGAGAACAGACAGCCACCGAAACGUAGCAUCUUACUAGACAGCUGCUUCAAUAUCAAUAAACGCGUGGACACCAAGCACAAGCACGUCAUCGCGUUGUAUACGAAAGACGAGUGCUUCUGUUUGAUUUUGGAAAGCGAAAAAGAACUGGACGAAUGGUUGAAAGCGAUGCUUUUACUUCAGAGCGGAGAUGUAGCCGAUGGAGAGCAACCUCGGCCUAUAUUUGAACAUGUAUGGCAAGUUACGAUGCAGAAAAAAGGACUAGGUGAACGAAAGAAUAUUCAUGGUCCAUAUAGGCUAUGUUUAACUGAUCGAACAUUAAGCCUAGUGAAAAUUGGGGCAAAGGAUAAUUCAGAUUCUAUAGAAUUUCCUUUGAUUUGCAUCAGACGAUGUGGGUAUAUGGAUCGUAUCUUCUAUAUGGAAGUAGGUCGUUCAGCAGUCACUGGUGGAGGUGAACUGUGGAUGGAAGCUGAAGACAGCAACAUAGCUCACAAUAUGCAUGCUGCUAUUAUGAAUGCCAUGAGCAACUCUAAUAGUAGCAAAGAUGAUGUGGAUCCACGUCAAAGAAGGCGUAGUUCUUCUGCGACUGAAGCUAGCAAACCAAUCUUUGUUUUGCAACGUCGCCACACUGGACAAAAGUUCAACAACUUCUCACCGUUAGAGGAACACAGGACGCACGAGGAGCAGGUGGAUCCAAUACAGGAACAGGAGCAGUCUAAUCAGACUCAGAGUAUCCCUUCUUGCAAUUCAGUCAUGGUCGUUGCUGGUACCGGGGCUGGGACUGCUGGGAUUGCCUCGACUAAUACCAACUGUGCCACUACCACUAGACGUCGUCAUUCGGUAGCGAGUCAUCCCCAUUCCGUCAAUAAUUCCCAAUCCGUUCAUGUUACAACAAGUACAACAACAACAACUACCACCACUAUUACCAUCACUACGACCGCUACUGUGACCACCACAACCACAACCGCGACAAUAUCCCAUCAGAGAACCCUGUCGCUGCCCUUAGCUGCCGUUAUUAUCAAUCAAAUGCAAUCAUCCAAAAGAUCAGUUUUACGCUGUGCAAACGGCCGCGACAGAUGCGACAGUUUACCGUCGAGAGCUCGCACCACCAGCGAGAGUCAUCCUUCAUCGGUAUUAAGUCAUCCUAGGAGUACUCAUUUUAUACCUCACGUACUGAGACCGCAUUCCAUGUACGUGAGAGGCCUUUCUUAUUCGCCACCGAUCUCAUCAAUGCCUAUUAGUCCCGCUUCUGGAGCUUGUUCCACGGACUCCGCGGGAUCAUCUCUUUCGAUGGACGAUGGUGGUGAAAAUAUAUUAGAAGAGGGUACGGUCUCGCGAUAUGGACAUUCUUUAACGCCAGAUGAACCUGUUAUUUUAGAGGAAAACGGCGAUGAUUACGCACCAUGGUCCACGUCGCAUUCGCAUCAUAAAUAUUCGCCCAAUUUUAAGUCUCAUUCUCCUUCCCAGCAAAGUUCCUAUAUAGAAAUGUGCAGUCCUUGCGGCUCGAGUCCAGGUCGUAGUGGAGUCUAUAUGCCAAUGAGUUCUGGAACAGGACACUCGCAUUCUCGAGCAUCGUCUCUCGUCGAAGAAUCGAGUACCUUACCAGAAGGUUAUGUACCUAUGGCACCUGUUGGAAACAAUGGAUACGUGGAUAUGGUUCCUUCGCAUAAUCACAACGGUCAUUUUCCUGACGAUUUGUCACAUGCUGGCAGUAGUUGUUCUGUUACUUCCGGUACACCUAGCACAGACUUGCGAUUUUCCGAGUAUCAUUUGGACAAAGUAGCGAGUUUUCUGCCACCUGGAGACGAUUUACAAGCUAGACCAGCGAGAGCUUAUUCCAUUGGUUCUCGGCCUGAACCGAUGAACAGGCAUCGUAAGAAUAGAUUGGAUAUCGCGCAACAAGAAGCUAGCAGAGUACGAGCUUUCUCUGUUGGUAGCAGAUCUAAAAAGCCUGAGAUUGGGAGGUUAUCGAAUGUAGUUACUGCACCGUUGCCUGGUGGAUAUGAAAACUCGACUUCCAACAAAUCAAACUCAGCACCAUUACUGUCCAGUUCUUGGGGACAUAAUUCGGGUUGUUCCAUAAAUUCUGAGCGAAUGGAAGACUUGAUGGAAUUGGAUUUCACAAAGCCCAGUAUUUCGACAACUUUUAAUUCGCCGCCUUCGUCUUACUCGCAAUCGCAUUCUCAGUCACACUCAUACUCUACUGCCACUGACACCAGUUCCUACGUUGAUAUGUCUCCAGGUCAACCACCCUCGUCGACAACUGCCCCGUACGUCGAUAUGAGUCGCAUAAAUAAGAUCAAUCGUAAUAACAAUAAUAAUACAAUCACUGCCAAUCAAAAUCAUAGUCAUAUUCAUAUAUCGUCUGCUGCUUCUACGCAUAAACCAAUAAUUACUACUUUGAAGCCCGUGGAAGAAGCAGAAGGGCCAUACAUGAGAAUGGAUAGUGUAAUGGAGGAUUGGUCACAAUCCGAUACGAGUCCUAAACUAAUUUCCUCACCUAUGCAAGAAGAAUGCGUGCAAUCAAAUGGACCACCAGGAGCCACGAGAACAGCACCAGUUGAUCUUCCACGACGUCCACCUGCCGACUACGUCGACAUGAACUUCAAAUCGAGAUCAGGUUUAGAACAAGACUAUAUAAACAUGAACAUGAGCAAUCGUAACAAUCGUAAAGUAGCAACGCGGACGGGUAGUCGCAAGGAGAAGUUGCGUUCCCAACCGAUCGCGAUCCAAGCCGGAAAUAAACCUAUAAAAACGCCUAGUUUCUUACCCCUAAACGGAAGUCCAGAGUCAGAAAGUUUAGCUAGUACUCCUGCGUCGCCACCGCGAGCAACUCCAACAGGUUCCUCAGCCACUAUCUUCCCUUUCUCCCUAAACAGUCCCCAGUCACCUGAAAAAUCCUUCACUCAUCAAAAGACUAACGACGAGUCUUCAGAAUUGAAUGUCACUUCCAAAAGCAACGAUCGUGCAGUUGUGGAACCUGCGAACAAUAGAGUGAGCACAAUCAGUUCCGUUUCCAUAACGGAGGCGAACAAUACUUUGUCGAAAGUAAUCAACGAUAGGCCUUCUAGUCCGGCAGACAAGGAUAAUCAAGUUAAUCAAGUGAUAUCAAAUUCAUUGACCUCGCAAGAAAGCCCGUUGAACGCUAUAACGAAGAAGUUUUCCGAUUUGCACGUGUCGAAACCACGCUUGAUAACCGCAUCCCCGAAUACCAGUCCUACGUUGUCUGGGUUCAAGCCAAGCAUCGAGAGACAAUCAUCGUCUCCAAAAACGUCGGAUGAGACGCCGACGCCUACGCCUACCGCCACACCAAGUCCGUUGGAGGAGUGCCACGACAAGGCGCAAUCUGACGGCGAAGUUUUGCAUUACGCUAGUCUCGAUCUUCCAGAGGUCGCUAGUACGGCGCCCGUCUCUCCAGCGUCUCAAGAGGGAUUCAAUUACGCCGAAAUCGAUUUCGCCAAACUCAAGCAAAAUUAAGCUACCUUGAAUGCGGGUGGAACAUCUGUACCGGUGUAAUACGCGCGUCACGUGUCUAGAACCGCUGAAUUGACUCAUUGCCUUAGUUACUUUUUCUUUUCUCGGCUCGUAAGGACAACAGGGCAUGAUUAUCGUUCUAACAUUGUUCGAGCCGAAAUUAAUCAGUGCGUUAACUGACGAGUACGAACUGUAGAUAGCAAACAGUUCUACUUUUUUAGUUUAAAUUUUUUAAUCAUGAUCCUAUACUUCUGAUUUUACGGAAGAUUAAAAAAAAUAGUGCCUAUACUUCUGGUUAUAUCGUAACGGAUAUUAUUUUUUAUUCGCAUGAUAGCGAUUAUGGGGGAACAUUGUUGUAAGUUGAUGCGUAUUACUGAAAUCAGGGCAUAUUUUUUGCACGUUGCCUUUCGAUGUUUUUACGUAUUUGAAACGUAAAUUUAUUACUCUUUUUUAACUUUUUUUUUUUCUUUUUUGAUGAGAAUAAUAUCGAUUGCUAUAAGCUACUGAAAUUUUAUGUAGUUCAAUAUGUUUUAUCUUUGAAUAGUAGAUUGAUAAGUAAAAAUUAAAAAAAAAUGUUCUCGAUUCGAUGGAAAAGGAAAAGUAUAGUAUUUAUUGGUUCAUUUUAAAUCUAUUUUUAAGAGUUGAAGCGAUUUAUGCUAAUGUUAUUACUAAUCAUGUUAAUUUUAGCAAAUUCGAAUCGUUUGACACGCGCAACGAUAAAUUACCAGAAACAUGAGUACUAAGUGCGAGCAAGCAAAUUGGCUUUGUUCCUUUUGCGUAGGAAAAUAUUAGUGCUCGACAAUGUUGGAUCGAUGCAGAGGUCAUAGGGAACUCGUAUUUCAGACAGACUUACUCGCAUUGAAUAUACGUAUAUAUAUACGUGUAUGUUAUCACGCUUUUCCGUAUAAAUCGUUAACUACCUAUGAAAUACUGUUUCGUACGAUCCAUUCGCAACACGUGUCUGUGGGUAGUUCCGUUCAACGAGAGCGAGCUUCCAAAUGCUUUUGCGUAGCAGCGAAAUUGAUGAUGUGUGACUCUACUUACUCUUCAUUCUAUUUUGAGAGUGGACACUUAUGACUCGCGAGGUUAGCCUUUCUUAGGAAAAAUGAUACAGAAGGAAAAGUUUACGAACUUUUAUUUGAAAGAUUUCAGCUUUAGAAACUUUACGUUUCUAAAAAUUUGGGAGUUUUUAAAUUUGAUAAAUUAGAGUAAUUUGAUAAUUACUCUGUCAAGGAAUAGAACUAGCGUUUGUGAAUAUUAUUGAAUAUUCUUGGUUAUACGGUUAACUACUCGUAUCCUAGUUAUCCUAAUUUUGAUCGGUUUUCGCUCUCGUUUGAUUGAACUAUGCAUCGCACGUUAACUUACUUGUUCCGUAACAUACGCAUACACAUUCGCAUUUACAGGGUAAUCUGUAAAAGAUACAACCGGAAAGAAAAGAUAAUUGGUUGUGUAAAAAAUAAAUAUAAGUCUUAAUGAAAGAUGUUGUUGCUGAGGAUAGAAGAGAAAAUAUUUCUUAAAUAUUACAGUGUUUUAAAUGAGUUCGAUUUUAUGACAUAUUUCUCCUCGCAUACAGUUUAAGGAUAGUUCGGUUAUAAAUUAUAUCAUAUCGUGUAUAUACAUAUGCAUUGUCU